AUGGACUCUAACGAUUCUUUUAAAAAAAAAUUCUACCAUCAGAAGCGCUAUAGAGAAGCCCAAGUUGCUGGAGGUUGUGAACAGCCUGAGAAUUAUCAAUCACAUGGAAGUAUUGUUCCUGUCUUGUCAAGUCUAGAUGGUGCGAAUUACUCAAGGCUGCACGCUUUAAACAAUAAAGUGUAUAGCUUACCCUUUAACCAAUUGGUUACGCUGUCAUUUAUCCACAUUCAACCUGAUCCUUACGCCCCAGGUAGCCAGCUAUGCGUAAGUGUACCGCUUCCCGAGUUUCUUUCCGUGAGUACACUCCUCUCAGCCUAUUCUGGUACCAUAGAAAGCCUUGAUACCGCCAGUGAUCUGGAAAGGGAUUCUUACGUUGAACUUAUAAGGGGGCAUUGUCGGGUGGCGGUAGAGGAUUUCAUAUUGAGAUCUCUGUGGGAUGGGUUACGGAUGUAUCACAGAAGUGGCAAUAUUCAGAUAUUGAAGCCAUCGCAGCAUGUGUUACCGCGGAGUUCUGUUAGCCUCACCUCGGAUACGAUUCUGAUCUUUCUUCGCGUGAAACUUCCGGGGCAGGGGAGACGAAUUGACAGUCAGGCCUGCCUCAGGAUUCUGCUGAAGGAGCUGCAGCCCGCCAUUCAAGAAAAAGUGUGCGUUCUUGACCCGCAUGCGCUUCAACGCCAUGUGGCGUCGCUGCUUGAUCAGGUUUGGCUACGGCAGCAGCUGCACUCGAAUGAUCUGGUAGCUUUUGUGCGGGAUGGUGCUGUUCUUCCCCGCGCGGCAGGGGAUUCGGAUCUUCCCCUGGAAGGCGCUGUCCCUUUUAAGUCGCCACCUACACUAAGUUGGACCUUCAAGCUGCCUUUUAGUGGCACAUCGAUCACCGGUAUGGGGCUGCCGAAGGGCAUCACCUUAAUUACCGGAGGGGGAUUUCACGGGAAGUCGACGCUCCUCAGGGCUCUCGAGCUUGGCGUGUAUAACCAUAUACCCAAUGACGGCCGUACGUUUGUGGUGAUCGAUCCCACCGGUGUGAAGAUCCGUGCAGAGGACCGCAGGAGUAUCAACGGGGUGGAUAUAUCGCUGUUUAUCAACAACCUUCCUUUCAAGAAGGAUACGACCGCCUUCGCGACGGACGACGCCAGCGGGAGCACGAGUCAAGCGGCGAAUAUCAUCGAGGCGGUCGAGCUCGGCAGCACCGCGAUCCUCCUCGACGAGGAUACCUCGGCGACAAACUUUAUGUAUCGUGAUGCCCUAAUGCAGCAACUCGUACCGCGUGAUCUGGAGCCGAUAACGCCUUUUGUGGAAACCGUACGCGGCCUGUUCGCUCAGCACGGCGUCUCCACAAUCAUGGUGGUUGGGGGGUCCGGGCAGUACUUCGCGCGCGCGGAUUUAGUGCUGAUGAUGAACAGCUACACCGUCUCCGACGUUACGUCGCGGGCGAAAGAACUGUCUAAGGCGGAAGAGCAGCUUCGCGUUGCGGGGAAGCAAUCGGAAGAAGAGGCAACGGAUGAGAAAGCAAUGAUGCGGUGUGGCGGUCGUGGCUAUGUCGACUCAGCACCGCUUAUUAAACUGCCGUUGAAACGUCAUUUGGAAUACGGCGGCACGUUCAACUGGACGUGGCGUAAUAACAGCCGAGAUUUCGUCAAGAUUAGCGGCAGUGGUCUUAACACCAUUCGCCUGGAUGAUGAAAUCAUUCACCUAGAUUUGGUUGAGCAGCUUGUAGAGGAAGGCCAACUCAACGCCAUCGCGCAAUGUUUAGCGAUGCUACGCGAUGACGGCGCUGCAGCGGCCGAAGAGAUUCAAUCCCACCCUGCGCCAUCAUAUCAUGGGCAGGGCAGAGGUAUUCCAAAUAAUAAUAGUAAUAAUAGUCGUGCUCAGCAGAUGACGCCGGGGUUGUGCUAUCCGUCGCUGAUUGACAGCUUUCUUGCGUUUCAACCAGGGGAUUAUUCUCACAUAAGCCGGUUGGUAUUUCACUGUGAGUGGCGGCUUCGAAAUGCUGCGCUGGAAUGUCAAGCUAAAUCGUGCUACCUGCCCAGGGGAUUUACCACACUACCGCGCGUGUUUGAGAUUGGAGCCGCGUUGAAUCGACUACGUACACUGUGCACGUGUCGAAAGUGA